UAUUUUUAAACCGAUACAGACGGCUAGACUCCGCCCGUUGCGAGCCGGUGAACGAUGUGAAGAAAAACGAACUAGGAGCCGUGACGCACAGGGUUUUCUUUAAAAACAUUCGGGCUCAAGGAAGUAGAGCAUGAAGUGGAGAAACAGGUUAAACCCGAGACUAAUAUUACACAUUAUUUCGUAAAUAACACUAGAUUAGCUUGGAAGCAACAAUAGUAACGGAACGUAAAUCUCUAACGUAGCCACAGACAGAGGCCACUAGAUGUUUAAUUGUUAGCUAACUUAGCUAAUAAAUAUGAUGAGCAUAUAACUUAGCUGUAGCUGGCUAACAGCUACUGUAACUUACACCACCCUCACUCAGCAAACAUGUCUAAUAAUUUACUUGUACCUCUGUCUGGCUGUAAUGACAACAAACCUAUCCAGUCGUGUCACAAGUAACGUUACAGACACAUCAUGCGGAAAGAGGACAAUAUUGAAUUAGCUGGUGACAGCUAGCCAGCUGUGUAGUGUCAUUAACAGUGACUUCAAUGGAGAGAGGCAGCGAGGAGGGAGCCUCUCCUGAUGAAGAGGAUGGAGACCAGGCAGCCAGCUGGAUUAUGGGGACAGACAGGUCGGAGGAUGAAGAGGUGGGAGUGACAGAGUCCCAUAUGGACAUUUUGGCUCAGAGGCUAUGGAGAGGACUUGUGUACCAGGAUCAGAAGGAAUCAAAGAGGAGGACUGGACCAGCGAUAGCUGAGGAACAAGCAGAAGUCUCAGAGCUAGAGAGGGAUGAGAGCUCAGUUGCUCCCUCUGUGUCUCCCUUCAGUCUCAUGGACAUCUGUGGUCCCUCCAUGUCAAGCCUCUCCUCCUCCUCCUCCUGCUUCAACCAUCAUUAUACCAGUUUUUCUUCAUCGUCCUCAUCUUCGUCUGCCCUGUCUCUGACUCCACCCUUGCCUCCCUCUGUGGAGCUCUCAGCCGUGUUGACUGACACAAGGCUGACCCUGGAUGUCUACCAGGGUGGGGCAGCUGCACUGCCGCUGCUAUGGGCGUCUGUCCCCGAGCAGUUGAGGGGCCUCCAGUACCUGAGACUGGGCUCUGAGAAUAAACCAGGGCUGGAUGGUGCGCUGGACGUCCUACCCCAUCUGACAAAGCUGCGCUCACUGGCUAUUCGGGGACACCGUUUUUAUGACUCGCAAGGUGACCCUCUGCCUGGCCUCCUCACCACGUUGCCUGCAGCUGUUUCCUCCUCCUCUCAUCUGGUGCACCUGGAUCUCUCCUUCAACCAGCUCUCCUCUCUGCCAUCCUGCCUGCUCAGCAUUCCUUCCCUGUCCUCCUUGCUUCUCUGUCACAACCGCCUCUCGGCUUUGCCUCCCAAUAUAGGCCAGCUGUCCUCCCUCACCUACCUGUCCCUCCUGGGGAACGAGCUGGUCUCUCUCCCCCCGAGUCUGGGUCAGCUGAAAGCACUACAGACGCUGGAUGUUUCACAUAAUCUCCUCCAGCAUCUACCUGAUGAAAUUGGUUCUCUGGAGGGGCUCACUAAGCUGGAAUUGUCCCACAACAAGCUGAAACUGCUACCAGAGACCAUGGGCACUCUCCUUUCGCUCAGGGAGCUUGUCAUCUACAGCAAUGACCUCCGCCUGAUCCCACAUUGUCUGAACAAACUGCCUCUGCUGAAAAUAGAUGUGCGUGACAAUCCUUUGGGACAACCCCCGACCCCUCCCCCUCUCCCCCCUACACCUGAUCAAGCUGAAAUAAAAAUUCCAGAGUUGCACCUCGGAUUUAAUCAGCACAGUUUCUGUGUUUCGUCUGCUGGGUGUCAUGUGUUUCUCCCAGGGGGGGGUGAGCUGCUGUUCCCCCCGGGGUGCCUGGUGACAACCACAAGACUGGAGUGGACUGAGAAAAGGCCGGAAAGGAAGUGGGUGUGGUUGGAGGAGCACGACAUCCUCCUGAGUCGUCCUCUGGAACUUCGUCCCCAUGGAAUUACAUUUCUUAAGCCUGUGGAGGUGUGUGUGCCAUACCAUCGAGCAAAAAGGAGGGAGGUGGUCAUGCGGAGGUUUGACGGACAGACGUGGAGCACUCUGCCUACUGAUCUAAGGAGGGGAAGCGAGGGCCAUAGCAGUCACCCUGGAGGACGUCCAGCCAGGCUGGCGUGCUGCUCAGUGAGCCAGUUCUCCUGGUUUAUGGCAGUGUCCCGUCCAGUGAAGGACAGUUGCUCUGUCACACCAGCCGGAGCCCUGCUGGUGUCCAGCUCUGACCCUGGAAUCAAGCUCCACUUCCCUCCAGACUCCACCUUGCAGACCCGCAACAUAACUUUACAGGUGCUGCAGGUGUCUGUGUCAGAGGUACAAGCACUGUGUGGUGAUCCUCAGACCAGAGUCAGCCCUCUGCUCUGCCUCUCCCAGACUCCCAACAUACACUUCCUGCAGCCUGUCAAAGUUCAGAUCCCUCUGCCACCUGGAGUCACAGGCCAUACAGUUGAUACCACCUGUUUGCAUCUGCUCCACGGAGACCCCAGUGCCCAAACCUGGACUGACAUCACGUCACAAGUGUCUCUUUACGUCACUCAUUUGUACGCCAUUUUCUACAUUACACAUUUCUCCUGGUACUGGCUGUGGUACACCACUCAGCGCUGUGUUAGUGGGGUGGUCAGGAAGGUCUAUCAAAGACUAAAACAGUUUAGAGUCCAGUUCCUCGUCCUCCAGCGGAAAACUGAUCCUUCACAAGUUUUGCUACAGUGUUUACCUGCUAACAAGGUGGAAGGCAGAGUGCGGUCUUUGUCAGAGCAGUAUGAUGGACCUCAGCCUUCAGACCUGUGUGACCUGCUGGAAGGAGAGCAGUUCUUUGCUGGCUUUGAGAAGGGCUUAGAUAUCAGCACAGACAGACCAGACUGUGUGGAGGGAAGACUGCGGUUUGAGUUUUACUCCAGCCUGAAGAAUCUGAAGGAAGUGUACAUCUGUCCGGCUCAGGGUCAGAAGGGGCCAGUGAGAGGACAAGUAUCUUUUUAUAGAGGGGAGAUUCCCAGCAAUCUGCCCGAGGAAUUGUCACGAAAGAGGAAAGGACAUGACAGCCAGUGGCUCGCAACUUUACCACUAAGACUUCCUGCUCUAAACUCAGACAACAGUUACAUCAUGGAGGAGCUCCAAUAUCCUCCUCUGAACCUGGGUGACCCUGAGAGUGGCUAUCUGACAGAAGCCAACCUGCUGUCCAUCUCUCUUCAGAUAGGACAGGACUGGCGUGUUAUUGGCAUCAAUCUUGGCUUAAGCUACCAGGAGCUGGACCGCAUCCAGUACAAGCACAGGGACAACCUGGGAAGCUUGGUGCUGGACAUGCUGUUCCACUGGGCCCGGGGACAGAGCAACGCAGGACCCGGGGCGGUGUCGAGGCUGGUGGCCGCUAUGGUAGAGAGUGGCAGGAGAGACCUUGCAGACGAGAUUGAGGACAUAGUGAGCAUAGGGAGGAGAAAGUACUUGGAGUCACUGAGGAGAGUGGGGCUGGAAGCAGAGAGCUCCUCCCUCGGUGAAACACAGCAGUAGAUGAGCCCUCGCUGGGUGCAGAUGGCUGACUUAAACUUGAGUAACCUGUUUGUUUACGAUACGCCCCCAUCAUCUCAUCCUGCUGUCUAAACAACUGUCCUGGAGUGCAAAAAAUCUCUCAUCUUCACAAUCGUGAGCCGGCCACCAGCUGGCAGCACCUUUCACAUAACCUGGAGAAUGCCAAGAAAAAUGGAUGAAGAACAUGAAGAUGAUGGCCAGUGACUUUUUUUUUGUCUCAGUGUGCAAGACAGAGCUUAUUUCUGCCAGGAAAAGAAAAAAAAAGCAAUGUUUGAUAAAAAUGCUCAUGCAUUACAGUUUUAACUUACCAACUUCAUAUAUCACAGUUUUGAUUUAGUUAGGGUUAUUUUUUCCUCAGUAUUUGAUAAUUAAGUAUAAUUCUGGUUAAUAUCACCUCAUAAUUUUGACUUACUAUCUAAAACUUUCAGCUUCAUAAACCUUUUUUGUGACUUUGUAUCUCAUCAGUUAAAAUUGUGCUCAUCUCAUAGCUCUGACAUAGUAUCUCAUAAUUUUGACAGUAUUGUAAUUGUGGCUCAGUAAGUCAAAAUGAUAUCUUUUGAUAUCUAAUAAUUGUGACCCAGUGUCUCAAAAUUGACUUUGUGACUCAUCAUUUUUGGCUCAGUUAAAAUAUUUGGCUCCAUAUCUCAUCAUUAUGACUUGCUUAAUACUUAAUUACUAACAACAACAGAACUUAUUUAUUAUGUUCUUCUUUAUCUUUUUUCUUUUUUAUCUUUUUUCAUUUCUUGGCAGACACAGCCUCCAUAUAAUUUACUUUUAUUUGUCCAGGACACCGGUGAGAGGCAGAGCAAACACUGGAAGCUGUGGGACAGUCUCAGAGGUCAGAGGACAGCAAAAAGUGCAUGAGGAGGCCAUUUUUAUGGCUGAUUAAGUUUCUUCCCUGUGUGCCUUUGGUCACUGAGCAACCAUUUUACCUGCAGCACAAACUCAGUGACAUAUCAGGGUGUUAGAUUUAUUUGUAAUCUAUGAAUUUAAUGUGUCUAGUGAGUAAAAUGUGAUACAAAGAAAUA